GCAGGAAGCAGACCGCCGAGCUUCGUGUGCGGUUAGUUCGGAGCUAAAGCUAAAAACAUUUUGUUAAAAUGUCCAAAAGCCAAACACUGAGAGCUUUGGUGAAUGAGCGGCUGACUGCGGCUGCUGAAGAGAUCUUUGCGCUGUUUGAAAGAACGAUAGCGGAGUAUGAAGAGGAAGUGUGUCGCUCCAAAGAGGAGAACCAGAGGAAACAAGAGCAACUGGACUCGAUACUGAGCCCGAGAGUCGUGCUGCUCAGGACGGGUGUUCAGAUCCCCUCAAAGAGUCCUGGCCCCGGUCUGAACCAGGACUCUCCACAGACUCCACGGAUUAAAGAGGAGCCAGACCCAAGGAUCAAACAGGAGGAGCACACGCUCCUAGUUCAGGUCUCAAUGGGCGUCCCAGAGUCCAGUGCUGUCUGUGUGAAGACAGAAGAGUCCUCACUGCUUCAUCAAAGACAAACUGAGCUCAGAGAGGAAACACAGGGAGAGGACAUCAGCACAGAGACACAUUUACAUUCAGAGACUGAGGAAGACACAGAGUGCUUCUCUGACACUGACAGUGAUAUAGACUGGAGAGCUCCAUUCAGUUGUUCAACUGCACAGAUGGAGACAGACGCUGAUGGAGACCACGACAACCAAGUCCAGACCAGUGCCAAUGUGAACAAUGGAGACAUGUCAGUAACAGCCAAAAGAGCUGAGAAACCAUUCAGCUGUUCAACCUGUGAGAAGAGAUUUAUCUGUAAAAGUUAUUUAGAUGCACAUCUGAGAACGCACACAGGUGAACGGCCUUACAGCUGUCCAUCAUGUGAGAAGUCAUUUGCCCGAAAGGGUAAUUUAAAAGCACAUCUGAAAACUCACACUGGUGAAAGACCUUACAGCUGUUCAAUAUGUGGGAAGGCAUUUACGCAAAAGUAUACUUUAAGUGUACAUCUGAGAACUCACACAGGUGAAAAACCUUACAGCUGUUCAGUGUGUGAGAAGUCAUUUGCUCAAAAGUGUUCUUUAAAUGAACAUCUGAAAAAGCACACAGGAUAUAGAUCUUACAGCUGUUCCAUCUGUAAAAAAAACUUUAUUGAUGAUUGGAACUUGAAAAGACACAUGAGAAUUCACAGCACAGAGUGUGACUGAAGUUUUUUGGUUGUGUUCAUGAGACGUUUUAAAGAGCCCAGAGUUGUGUAUUGGAGUCUGCUACUGAUGACUCAAAUGCAGAUGUUUGGAGCUGUUGUCUGUGGUUAAAGCUCCUGUACCUGAUGUUGAACCAUAACAGAGAAACAACUCUGAGAGAGUCACAGGCAGCUGCUUCUGCACUUUUACAACACACUGCAUGGUGUAAAGGCCCUUCUCCUGAACUCCUCAAAAUUCAAAACACAAAAUCACUCAACACUAAUUAAAAAUAAAUGAGAAUGAGUCCCUUUUUUCUGCAGGUUAAAAUUUUACUGUUUUGAUGAUGGUGUUUUCAUUGUAAUUUCAGUUAUGAAACAAGUAAAUGUGAUAUAUUGGGAUAAUAUCUUUGUAUAGCACUUUCUUUAUAAUCCUAGAUUUGUCUUUUAGAUGCACAUAGACCUUUCACCUGUGUGUUAUUCUUUCAGCUGCUGAACAGAUUUUUAUUUAUAUGGUCUUUAUUUUCGUCUGUUUGGCCUUUAAAAAACAAAUAAAAAAAACAACAAAAAACAAAGAAACAACUUUGACCCAAAAUAUCAAUGAAUUUUACAGACCCAUGAAGUGAAAAAUCCUAAAAUAAUUAAAGCUAUUAAAGAAAAGACUUUACUCAA